AUGUUUGAAAAAUAUUUUCCUCUAAUUUUAUUGCUUCUAAAUUUUGAUGGGUUUUAUGCGAUUCAAUGCCAUUCAUGUUUAACAUAUUGUAAAACAAUCGACGGAAAAGUGAGUUAUUUUUCGAUUUUCAGAAGAUUUAUGAAAAAAAUCGUACAAUCUCAAGUUGUUUUUUACAUUAGUAUAAACUUGAAAGUCGAUUUUUUUUUCUUGCUUUUCUUUUUUUGAGUGUGCAGAGCUAUAAUUAAUUGAAUUAUAGCUGCAGAACACAGAGCCUUGUUAGAAGCUUGAGGUUCGGGCUUUCAAAAAUGCCAGCCUGGUUUGAUUUGAUUUUUCAAAAUCCGAGUUGGACGUUUGAGUUCUAGAAGUUUCAUCCUGAAGCUUGUUAUCAAAGCCUGGGCUCGGAAUCAGAUCUGGGUUUUAAAAAUUUGAGAAAAAAAUCCAAGCUCGGCCUGGGUUGAUGAAUCUGAUUCUUAUUUCAAACCCAUGGGCUCAAUUUAUUCUGUAGCUCAAUUUUGAAGCCUGGGCUCAAAUCUGGGCCUUCCAAAAUCGAACAGGAAAGUCAGAGUCAAUCAGACUAGUCGCUCCAAGGACCCUUGAGUUUCCAGGAAAUAUUUUCAAAAAGAUAACCCCCCCCCCUAACCAAUUUUUUGUGGGGUUUUGGCCUCUAAAGGCAUGAAAUUCCCUAACAUUUUCAAAAGUUAAGGGCCUCCCUCUGAAUUCGGAGUCCCAGUUCAUGUAUGUUUCUGAUACCUCCUGGGAUCUAUUGGUUUUUUAGACACCCCCAAAGUUUAUCCAGUAAAAAUUGAUGUUCCAGGUCGACCCAGUAAAUUGUGAUUGUCAAUCUCCAUCCAAUGAGCAAUGUUCAGCUGAAGCAUGUUUUGCAAAAAUUGAAAUUUUCUCCGAUGAAAAAACAGCUAUUGUUCAGGUAACACUUGUCUUUUUCACUUUUCUACUAACACCAUUUCAAAUAUUCUUUUCAGAAAGGAUGCAUAUCCGAUUUCCCAGCUGGACAAAGAGGUUGUCAAUAUGCGAGCAAUACAGAUGCAAUUCACUGUUUUUGCGAUCAAAAUGAAUGUAACACUCGACAUAAGGUGAGCAUUUCUUGCACAAAUACAAUGGAUAAGGAAGUGUUUUUUCUUUUUCUUCAUUUUUCAAACGUUUCGUGUGAGGUUAAAAUGAGAUGGAUCAAAGAUGACAACUUUGCUUCGGGGUAGAGGAAUUUGAAAUGAAAUGAAAUGAGUAAAUGAAAAAAAAAUAGACAAACUUUGUACUAAUGCAACUUUUUUUUAUUGAGAAUUGGGAAAAAAUUUGAAAAUUUUGAAUUUUACUUGAAAUCAAAACUUUGAAAUUGAGCAUUCUAGAAAUAUUUUUUUGGAUUUCAAAUCAGGAACAAAUGAUAUAAUUUUUCAGAAUUUGAAAAAAAUAAGUUCUGCUCAUUUAAAAGAAAAAGUUCUAAUUAGUACAAUCCUCAAAAUAUUUUUCUUUUUUAUGAAAAUUUGUCAUCGGCUUUUUUAACCAGGAGACGAAUUUUUGAAUUUAAAUUGAUUCGAUUGAAUUUUAAUAUUGAUCGAUUGAGAACCAACUCAUAUUCUGAACUAGGAAAAAUUUCAAGUUCAAAUUUCAGAUAUUGAUUGCCUGGGGGCUAACAUCCCCCUAUAAAAGAAAAAAAAAUAGAUCAACAUUUUCCAGCUGAACAUGUACAUCCCCACCCGUCUCCCAUCCGUCGAAUGCUGCUCUUGUUCUUCAAUGAACGGUGAUGAUUGCGACGCGGGAUGCACCAAUAAAUGCCGCGGAAAUUACUGUAUCGUUGACUUUGAUGGAAAUGAACAAGGUUGUGGUUUGGGAUAUCCAAGACUUCCUUCGUUCUUGAGAACUGAUGAUUAUCUCCAUUAUCAAGGAGGUUAUUUAUGCACCAGGUAAGUUUGCAAAUCUGUUUUUCAAACAAAAUUUGUACAUAAUUUUUUAAAGAUACGAGUCAAGUUUAUCGCACGUUAUCAAUGGAUGUGUUUGUACCGAUCCAUCUGGAACAUGUAACGAUAUGAAUAAGACAAAAUUAUAUCGAGUGAGUUUUUUCAAGACACGAUGAUUCAAUUUAAAAAAUAAUUCCAGCAAAAACAAGUUAUUGAUCGACGCAAGGAUAGUCAACAUUAUUGUUAUAGUUUGGUCCACAAAGCGCAUAGACCAUUUGGACAAGAAGUUUUUUCAAAGUAAGAGACAUUUCUGGAGUAGAUCUGGUCAAACUUCUGAUUUAAAAAAAUCAAUUCAGAUUAGUCUGCUCUUUCAAGAAAAAAACAAAACUAAAAUUUUCUAGAUCUUCAACCUGUGAGGGACAUUUCUGCUUCAUCUCCCUAACCACAAGCGAAAUAGUUCUAGAAAGUGCUGAAUAUAAACAUAACUACGAAGAUCAUGAAGACUUCAUAGGAGUUUCAAGGCCAAGAUAUGAAUUGCAAGUUGGAUGUAUCAAAGUGGAUGAUGAUGAGGUAACUUCAAAUUUUUUUUGCUGAAAAAAAUGAUUUUUUUUGCAGAAAGUGAACGUUGGUUGCACUGUAGAAACACAGGGGAAUAAUUCGGAAAUAUUGACGAAACAUUGUAUUUGUGAUAGUCAUCUGUGUAAUUUCUAUCAUCUCGCAAAAGGUUCACAUGAUCCUAGACCAAAGGCAAAAUCAGCGGAAGUGAAAAUGGUGAGUUAAGAUUUUUAAUAUGAGCAAUGCCUGACAAUCAUAGAAAUUGUAUUGAUUUUCAGAACAGUUUCAGUUUGAGCCUCUGAAGUUGAGAUUCUGAACUCUGAAAAAAAUCUCUAGAUUAAAGCCUUCAGAAAAAAACUAAUAUCUCAAAAUCACAACAGACUUAUCAGAAAAAUUCCUCUUCCAGAUUGCAACCCAUUCCAAACCAGUCCGAUUGUACACAACAACAUUGGAAGAGCGAUCUUCGACAAUUCUAGUCUCCCGAAUUUCCACCCUCAAUCCAUUUAAUCUCAUCAUUUCUUUCUCCCUUUUCAUAACAUAUUUUUAUUUCCUCUAA